GCGUGUCAGCUCCCGGCUUAGUGUGAUAAGCUGUGACACAGGGAGCGUGGUGGACAACACUGCCGGCUUCUACCGCGCUCGUGGCGACACGAAUAACCGGCUGCUCGUCAUGGCAACUCGAAAGCGAUGCUCCAUCCCCGGUGUCUGCUGUGUAACGCCGGAGAAGAGAGCACAGGUGUCCGAGCUGGACCACACGCAGUGGGGAGUUGAGGAAACGUGUCAGUACCUACGAAGAGAAGGUCUUGAAAAGUGGGAAGACACAUUCAGAGCAGAAAAAAUCACAGGAGUCGGGCUGAGGUCUCUGGAGGAACCUGAUCUGGACAAGAUUGGAGUGAAGUGCCUUGGUGACCAACUGCAGAUCCUGCGCAGUCUCAGGAAACUAUGGCAGAUAGCAAGGGAGCCAACCAAGGUGUUCAAUGAUCCAGUUCAUGGACAUGUGGAGUUGCACCCUCUUCUCAUCAAAAUCAUAGACACACCUCAGUUCCAGAGGCUGCGCAACAUCAAGCAGCUUGGAGGGACCUACUUUGUUUUCCCCGGAGCAUCACACAACCGAUUUGAACACUCCAUUGGGGUUGGUUACCUGGCAGGGCAACUUGUACAAGCUCUUAAUGAGAGGCAGCCAGAACUCCUCAUCUCUCGCAGAGACAUCCUUUGUGUGCAGAUCGCUGGGCUCUGCCAUGACCUCGGCCAUGGACCAUUUUCCCAUAUGUUUGAUGGGAUUUUCAUCCCAAAGGCACGUCCAGGAAUUAAGUGGAAGCACGAGACUGCCUCAUUAGCCAUGUUUGAUUACCUGGUCGAAGACAAUUACUUAAUGCCGGUGUUGAAGCAGCAUGGCCUGGUGAUGCCAGAGGACCUGGUCUUCAUCAAGGAACAGAUCGCAGGACCACUGGACCUUAACGGAGAUCAAGAGAAAGCUGCAAAUUCUGCCAGUGGGAAAAAACCUUGGCCAUACAGAGGCCGCCCAGAAGACAAGUCCUUUCUCUAUGAAAUUGUGUCCAACAAAAACACGGGCAUCGAUGUGGACAAGUGGGACUACUUUGCCAGGGACUGCCACCACCUGGGCAUCCAAAACAACUUUGACUACCGCCGCUUCCUCAAGUUUGCCCAAGUGUGCGAGGUGGAAGGGCAGAAGAACAUCUGUACACGAGACAAGGAGGUGGGUAAUCUGUACGACAUGUUCAACACCAGGAACUGUCUCCACAGAAGAGCUUAUCAGCACAAGGUCGGCAACAUCAUAGAGACCAUGAUCACGGAGGCCUUUUUAAAAGCAGAUCCAUACAUUCAGAUUGAAGGCUCAGGAGGGAAGACCUUCACUCUCUCCGGUGCCAUAGACGACAUGGAGGCUUACACCAAACUGACAGAUCAUGUGUUUGAACAAAUACUCCACUCGUCCUCCAAAGAACUGACCGAGGCCAGGCAGAUUCUUCGCAACAUUGUCUGUCGACGCCUCUACAAGUGUCUGGGCCGAACUCACCCGCAGGAACCUCUGGAGGAUGUCACCGAGGAGAAGAAAAACACCUGGAAAAAAGAACUGGCAGAGGCCUUCCCUCAGAACAACACUCGGGGUGUCAAUCUAAACCCAGAGGACUUUGAAAUAAGUGUCAUUGGUAUGGACUAUGGAAUGAAGGAAAAGAACCCCAUCGACAAAGUGCGUUUCUACUGCAAGGAAGACCCAACUAAAGCCUUCAAGAUAGACAAGUAUCAGGUGUCAAAACUCCUGCCAGAGCAGUUUGCUGAGCAGCUGAUCACGGUCUAUUUCAAGAAGACUGAUGACACCAGUCUGGACGCUGCCAAGAAGCACUUUGUCAAGUGGUGCAUGGACAUGGACUUCACAAAGCCUCAGGAUGGAGACAUAAUAGCCGCUGAGCUGACCCCUCUGAAAGCCAGCUGGCGCAACCCAAGUCAAGAGGAAGACGGCAGCUGCAGCGCGGACACGUAUCGAGCCAAAACUAAGCUAAGCUUUAAAUGAGCGGAGGAGCGCACAGACAUCUCUGUUACAGUUUUGGUGGAUAGAUGAGUGAGAAUUCUAUUUUUCUACAAGGUGAGCGUGUAGAUGAGCAUAGCAAAGCUAAAAAAAAAAAAGAAAAAAGUUUUAUUA